UUUAAAUGCUAGGCCCUCCCGAACGAAUGGUAGAAUUCAUCCACUACAACUACCUACUACCCAAGUCUAUAUCCCAAGUCUAUACUAUAUACUUUCCUCUCAACAUGAAGGCCGUCUCCCUCUUCGCCGUCCUCAUGCCCAUCUUCCCAAUGGCGCUUGGAGCCCCGUCAUGCGAUCUGACCGGCGUCAAUGGGUGCCACAACCCCUACAAUAACUGCAUCCAGAAAUGUUAUUGCGAGUAUAAUAAUUGCUGGGCAACAACGCCCGGUAACACGUGUUACGAAAAGCUCAAUCAAUGUGUCCAGCCUUGCUGGGAACGCUACAAUGAUUGCUGGCAGAAGCUGAUUGACAGGCAUUGACGGCUGCAACGUUUACGCCGGUGGUUUGGAUUUGAAUGGAAGGUCUAUCUUUGAAGGUUGACUGCUUGGAUUAUCUGUGUUAUGUCUUUUAGUCAAUUGUUUAAUAACAUAUUCGUCCAUCUCUGUUCUGCCUAUUCGUAAAAUACAGACAUACUAAGGCUCCAGAUUGUCUAGGUCGUCUUGUUGCAUGGAUAUACCGCUAUCUAGACCACAAAGGAUACAGUGGAGGAAUCGGCGUGGUAUCGGGUCCUCCAACCAAAAAAACGGUGGAACAAGUUCACAUUCAACCCCAUCCAGCGAUAUUGGACUCGGGGUCGUCGGUCUUCUCUGGAGCUCAGCCCAGGGGUCUUCAUGGUCGGCAGGCAGGGGUAGGGUCGUCUCGGCAGCCCAGUCCCUUAACGGAUCGCAAGGCAGGUACCCGUCGUAUGACUUCGGAUUGUUGUCGUUUUCCUCCUGCAAAGCUUUGGCCUGCUUGUUGACGGGUCCCUU